GAUGGCGCUCCGCCGAACAAUUGCCGAUCGCCAAGACAUCGCGACUCCCAAGAAGGGUGUAGAAAAUAGAAAGAAACAGGUUUAUUUUAAGUAAAUUAAAGAGAAGUUGAAAGGAAUGCGGUGUGUUAGUGCCCCAAAUUCGCGUCGGAGACUGUGAGGCAUGCAAAGUGUGGCGUGUGAAUGUGUGUUACCGAAAUUAUGUAUCGUUUACUCGUUUGAAAUAAUCGCUCUCGUUUGUUGCAAGUGUCAUCAACAAAACACCGAUUACAGCACUCAAAUCUCUUAAAAAAAUGAUCGAGCGCCACAAACCGGGCCCCACAUAGCCUCCACGAUGACCUCCCGGCCCGGAUCGGGCUCGAAGACCUCCACGGGACACCGAAGGGCCGAAUCCGGGGGUGGCCAUCACCGCCAUAGUUCGUCCGGAUCCGGCCAUCACCGCUCCGAUUCGGGACAAAGCUUCGAUUCGGAUUAUCAUCGCAAACACGGCCAUCAUCGUUCAAAAUCGGGUGUUAACGAACGCGAACGACUAGACUCGAACGGAUCGCAACUGUCGAACAAACUCGAAUUUCGGUCAGCUCAAGGCUUGCACGAUGGCCACUACCCCCGCCCCACCUCACUCUUCCCCCCGAAAUCCGACGCUUUAGGCCCUGACGCCCUGCAACCCGAACGAGAACCGAUCAGAUUCGACGUGAAUUUGGUGGGGGCACCCCCCGAAGUCGAGCAAUUGGUUAAUAARAUUAAACAAGUCGCCGAACAGUUUCUCUACCAUUGGAAGACCUURCCCAUAAUCCUUCCAAGUCCUGUCUCACAGUGUGAUUCUUUUCCGACUUCGAAUGUUUCAUCAGAUGGGAGUUUGGGGAGGUGUAAGACGAAGUAUCAUCUACGUGAUUUGUUCGUAGCGCCAUCUUUUGAUGAACUUGAUGCCGUCGCGGUCGAUGGGAAAGGUGAGCCGAGGAGGUUGACCGGAAAACAAUUGGAGUAUAUAAGGGAGAGAGGCUUGCACAAGGAUAAGUUCGGAAAGCCAAAACGUCUAAACCUGCAACAACUUGAAUCAAUUAGGCGCCAGGGCGAAUUUGAGGUAGAAUCAUUGAAUUUUCCCGGACAACAACACCGAUGGAAACUCUCACAACUUCUACAGAAAGGCACCGAGAAAAGUCGCGAUUCCCUCCUCAACGAUCUCGCUCUAGCUCUCCGAUUUAUUUUUAUAACGGCGAAAGGACGACUCGUCUCGCAUUUCUUCAGUGUUUCGGAAGCAAUCAAAGCUCUCUUAGCCGGACUUUUGCGAAUUGUUGAUCUCGUCUUCGGCAUACCAAGUCUACAAGCUCACAAUCUAGAUGCCAAAAUUAGGGAGGAGAGGACCAAGUAUCUGGUCGCCGAAUUGGUGUGUCGACCGGAAAAUGAGGAGUCUCUGGAACACCUGUGUUCCUACAUUCGUAAGCAACUCCGUCGUGCCGCCACCGAGAAAUUCGAAGUGACGAAAGAGUGUUCCCAGCCGCCCGUCGCCGUUCCUUACAGAUUUCUUACUCCUUCAGGUUCUGAACUCGACUUGAGAUUAUGGGAGAGAAGUCUGAUGCGACGUGCAUUGCCUACUCUCGUUGCAAUUUUGGAAAGGGAGACGCGAGGCUGGUUUUUACAUUUUAGAGAAAGACUGAUUGCCGAGUUGCGAGCUCAAAAAAUGCCUGAUGAAGAUAUUGAAAGGGAAGUGAAUGAUGCUGUUAUGAAAGAAUAUUUGCAGAGGGUUUAUAACAGUAUCCUGUCGCAUCCCGAUAUUAUAAGUUUAGGAGAAGGGAUUGCUCAACUUUUAGUACAACAAGCCCAAAGUGUUGUUUUAAUGCAUAGGGCUGUCGAGAAUGUUCAACACCGUCUUUCAAAAUCUCAGGAAGAAAUCAAAAAUCGCCUCUGUAGCAGCCACCCUGUUCUCUCCCGUAUUGACCCUUGGCUACGUUCCCGUUUACGUUCAGCUGAAGUGAAAUUCAGUCUCGAGAACCAAUGGAGUGGCCAUGAGGAAGCCCUCGCCUUAUGCAACGCGAAACGUCUACACCAAACCGUUUAUUUCCUCAACCGCGACCUCGCAUUUAUGAGAGAACGAGAACCGGCCCUUUUACGUGAACUACGAAAAGUCAAAACUCCAACCCGAUCGUUUCUAUGGCCGACUCAAAUCUGGCUACCCACCAAUUGGAUUGUACGGAGAAAUUUCCAAGGCCAAUCAGAAAUCGUCCCUACUGUCCUCAGUAAACAAGCGACAAGCAUCACAACACCUAGAUCUGACCCCAGCCAGCCUGUUUUCCUCGUCGAGAAAGAGAUAGUGAGGACGACGACCACCAGAUGGCCUCUGUGGCGCAUUUUCAAUUAUUUCCAUCGGACGUGGUGUUGGACUUGGAACGCGAUGUUUUUCUUCGGGAUUGUGUUACCGUGGUGUAGUCCUGUAGGACUUCGAGCCCUCUUUUGUCUCGAGCCGUUUAUGCCCGAUUUAGAGUUGUCCCAAGUCAAUGGGACGCUCUUUCCGCGUAAAAGCAGUCUCACUGAGACUUUGUGUUCGCGUUUGAUCAGUCUCUGGCGACAUAUUUCCAAAUCGCGGACGCAUUUCGAGACUAAGCCCGAUACAGGCUUCAUAGGGAAAGGCUUCACGAGACAUUUGAACCGGAUUUGGAACUACUUUUUCAAGGGACUUUUCGGAACGAUUGUUCUAGUUGUGAUUUUUCCCGUCGUGUGUGUCGCUGUCAUCGGGGCGAGUAUUUUUGUUGCUUUGACGGCGGUUGUGUGGAUGCCGGUUUUGACGUUGGCGGUCCAAGUGAUCAAUGCGUUGAUUUAUGAUUUGGACUGUCCGGAACAGAAGAGGAAUAGGUUUUUUGUACUGUUGGAAGCCUUGAUUUGGAAAAUUGGACUUCAAGGGUGUGUGCAACCCAUCGUUGCACUUUUUGUUGCCGCGAUUGUGUGCCCCGUUAUUGCGUUGGUGAUCUUAGCAGGUGGCAUUGCUCGUUAUUGGUUGCGCCUGUUCUGGGACACCACAAUCUUCCACUUGAUAAUCAAAAAACGUGGCCGAAUCCCCGCCAGCGACAGCUUUGUGGUGAAACGAAUCGCAGGUCCGGGCUUAGCCUCCGACUACUACUUCCAAAUCAGUCCUGAACAGGCCCUUGCCGCUUUCGAAGCGAAAAUGGAGUGGGACGAGCUCGCCGCAUACCAAACAGUGGUGGAAAACACAAUCACCCAACCCCAACGUGACUUUAGCCACUUUGUUGAAGCUUGUUUUGGUAGUUUUUCGGCCCAAUUGGCCAAAAACGGUCCUUAUAAAAACCUAGAAAAGGAAGCCCAAGACCUGAUGACGGUCCUGCACGAGAAACUCGAACGGAGACGUCGAGACCUUCAAACUGGUCUCAGUGUCACUGUUAAAUCUAAAAUCAAAUUGGAAACGUCGGAAUUGAAAAUAGCCAUUCAACAGGGGGCGCUGAUGCUCGAGAGGUUUUACCCGAGUCACAUUUUACCGAAAUUGGGGUGCAAUGAGGACCAGUUUUGGGAUAAUAGGGCUUUGAGUCCGGGGGAUUGGGCGGGGUUGGCAGGACUGUUAUAUUCGGAACUUUUCAGUUUGGAUAUUUUAACGCCCUUGGAUCACACUGAUACGAGUUUUCGGUUGGAUCCACACCCCCAGGCUGACUUAUCGAGGUAUACGGAGAUGGUGCAGUGUGCGCAGUUGGGGGCCCGGGGGCCCGAUCUCCUAGGAAAUGUGUACACUCCGAGGGGGAAUAUUCAGGUGCAUUCACCGUAUUUGGAAGUCUCGGCGUUCAAUCCCAGAUCGAAGUUGGCCACAACGGUGAAAAAGUGUGAAAAGAAGGCGGAGUCUACAACGAUGUUAGGGUCGAUUAAAAGUGGCACUGGGACGGUUUGGACUCCUUGGAAGAAGCACACUAGACCGUUUUCGCCCGAUAAAAUGGUGAUUCCGUUACCGGUUCCACAUCCGGCGCAAAUCGCCGUCACGAUUUUCAAUCGGGAUUCGGAUGAUCCAAUCCCGUUGGAGUCAGAACUCUGUCAAAGUAUUUUGAGGGGGAUUGAGGAGAGUCAUAUUUCGCUAGAGGAGUCUGGUAUAAAUCGUUAUAAAGGUGGGGGCGACUCGUUUGAGACGAGUUCGAGUUCUGAGACUCUCGAGAGCCCCCAUAACGGUGUUGAAUCGAACCGUAACUCCACCGACGGUGUCUACCAGUGGACUUUAAACAACUGGGGUCAGCGUAAACGUAACAAUUCAGGUAGUGUUAAGGUCGACUUAGCCAGUCCCGAGGACGUCACUUUAGACAGCGACAGUACUCGGGUUGUUUUCAGUACGUACGGUACGACCGUUUGAGUCAUUUCAUUGUGAUUUUCCAAUUUGAUUGGUUGAGUAAUUUUAAGUUUCCGUGUGAUAUUUUUUAUGUUACGACAAGCAUCACUGGCAUUUCUCAUAUCAAUAAUGAUCGAGUGUAGUACAAGGGCGCAAAGUCUAUUUUUUCUACAAAAUUUCGUUCGUUUGAAAUUUACUCUUGAUUUGGUGGCGCUUUGUGUGAAUAAUAAAUAAAUCUAGGAUAAGAGCAAAUAUUUAGCUAGUAAUGCACGUAGUCAUUAAAUUUUUUAUUUGAGAAAUUGUCCAUUGCACUAGGAUUUGUAUAGACGGAUCGAAUUAGAGGCAAAAUUAGGAGUUUCGAAACAGCAUAGCAAUAACUUGCUAAUAAUUUCAUGUUUUUAUUCAAUUACUUUUAGAAACACUUGUCCAUAUUUCACAAAAUGGUAGCUUAUGACGUUCAAACGAAUUUUCCACUUAGUAUAGUAGAGCGGAACCGUUUUUAACUCGACAAUUUUUUUAUUUAAUAUUUUAUUUAUCGUGUACCUGUCAAUUACACAAACACUAUAUUACGUAACUCUCUCUAAGCGAUAUUUUAUUUUUAUGACGUUUUCCUAUGUGCAUAAAUUUGUAUUUUUUCCCAUGUCUAAUUGUACUUUUAUUGCUUGCUUGUGUUAAUUGUACUAUAUUUGUAAAGCUGACAUUUUGCUACGUUUGUGUUUACUCAGAAAUAUAAAGCUUUAAGACUGGA